AUCGAAUUUGUAUGCGAUAAAAUGUUUGGGACUUGAAUUCAUUUUGUAUAAAAGGUUGAGAGUAUAUUUGAUAAUUAAACAACCAGUAACAACUUAAAACACUAGACCUCAUAACACCGGAACAAAACCCUAAAAAUCCUGGAGCCCACUCAUCUCACCCAAUCUAACCCAUCCUCUCUUCUACAGAAAACCGCCUUGAAAAAUUGUUUCUUUCUUCGUCUUCGGUCCUUCUCCUCUUCCUGAAGGAGAAGAACCGGAUAAACUGUACCAAAAAUUUGAAAAGUACCCAAAAAAUUUCAUAAAUUUAAUGUAAUGAACGAAACCGUACCAGAUCACACACUCUGCGGUUACCUUUGUACGGUUCUCACGGUUCCUCCCCAAUCCAUUGCCACGACCAUCCCUUUCUCCGCUCCUUGCCACCUCACCACCGACGAUAACGACAACAUUUGCUUCCAAUGCCAAAACGGCAUCGUUCUUUAUGCAAUUCGAAACCAUGUCGUUACGAAUAGCGAUAAUGCUGGGAAUUCGAGGAAGAGAGGGAGGGGGAAGAUUGGGAUGGUGAAAGGGAGCAUAAGUGUGGUGCACCGGAUUCAUGCAUUGGUGGUUCAUAAGUGCGUGAAGAUCCAGGCGCGGGUUUUGAAAGUGGAGGAGAAUGGUGAGGAAGCUAGGGCGGUGCUGCUAGUGGAGGUUUAUUUGCCGGUUGACUUUUGCUCCGGUUGGCAGUUUCCCAGGUCCGGCUCUGUUGCUGGUUCCUUGUUUAGGCACUUAAGCUGUGAUUGGAAGGAAAGAAAUUUGAUGCUCAAUAAUGGUAUAGAGAUUAGUAAAGAUGGUCAUGGAAAUGUACGGAGCAUCUGGAGUAUUUCUGACUGUCAUGUUCUAGGAUGCAAGUUGCAUUGUGAUGGUGUUGACCUUUUGAAUGAAAGGCUAUUUGAGCUUCAUGACAUUUUCAAGAGCUUGCCUAGUUUAACAACUAAGGGAAUGGCUCAUUCUUCUAGAGUACAACCAGCUGAUAACACUCAUAUUUCUGGCAUUUGGGACAUAGCUGAUGAUAUCCUGAUUAAUAUUCUAGCUGCACUUGGCCCAAUGGAUCUUACCAGGGUAGCAGCGACCUGCCGUCAUCUAAGGUCUUUGGCUGCAUUAAUAAUGCCAUGUAUGAAACUUAAACUUUUCCCUCAUCAGCAGGCAGCAGUUGAAUGGAUGUUAAGGCGUGAGCGGAAUGCUGAGGUUUUAUGUCAUCCCUUGUACAUGGAAUUUUCAACAGAAGAUGGGAUUCCUUUCUAUGUUAAUAGUGUUUCUGGCAGUAUAGUUAUUGGCACAGCUCCCACCAUUAGAGAUUUUCGUGGGGGGAUGUUCUGUGAUGAACCUGGCUUGGGAAAGACUAUAACUGCUCUAUCACUUAUUCUGAAAACACAAGGAACACUGGCUGAUCCACCAGAAGGUGUUCAAAUAAUCUGGUGCACGCAUAAUGGUAAUGAUAAAUGUGGUUAUUAUGAGCUUAGAGGUGAUGGAUUCCCCUCCAAUAAUAUGACUUUGGGGAAAAGGACUACGAGUCAGAAUGGUCUCCGGGUACAAUCAUCUUUAGGAAAGUUUUGUCUCAUGGAAGAUAUAAACCAUCCUUUGCCUAAAAGGGCCAGGUUGAUGGAUCCAGGCAAGAGAAGUGCUGAAUUUAAUGAUUCUUGUUCUAGUAGAGGAAUAAAAUCACCAUCAGCGUCAUACAGUGAACCGUUAACUUGGGCAGUUCGAUCCACAAGGAACUUGAGUCACAUCAGGAAAAAUCUUCUUUAUGGAUAUGAUGGACUUUCUGGUUCUUGUAAAGGAAAAGCAGUUGAGAAGAAUGCACCUAUAAGGAAUGGAUUAAGACAUGUCUAUUGGGGAAAGCAAGUUAAUUUAUCCUAUGGAGUGUUUGAUGGUUGCAUGAGACCUGGGAAAGGUACUGCGUGCAAUGAAACUUGGGUUCAGUGUGAUGCCUGUCACAAAUGGAGGAAACUUGCAGACUCAAGUAUAGCUGAUGCUAAGGUAGCAUGGUUUUGUAGCAUGAACACUGACCCUGCACAUCAGAGCUGUACUGAUCCAGAAGAAGCAUGGGAUAAUCAUCAAUCUAUAACAUACCUGCCGGGAUUUUUCACCAAAGGAACAGCUGGUGGAAAGGAGGAAAAUGUGUCAUUUUUCAUCAGUGUUCUCAAGGAGCACUAUGCUCUGAUUAAUUCUAAAACAAAGAAAGCCUUACUUUGGUUAGCUAAACUUUCUCCAGUAAGGCUCUCUGAAAUGGAGACAGUUGGUUUGUCAAGUCCGAUAUUAGGCACUGGUGUUGCUGGAGAUGCACUUGGUUUCCAUAAGAUAUUUCAAGCAUUAGGUCUUAUAAAGAGGGUUGAAAAGGGAAUUAGUAGGUGGUAUUAUCCACAGACUCUUGAGAACUUGGCAUUUGAUUUGGCUGCUCUCAGAAUUGCUCUCUGUGAGCCUUUAGAUUCUGUCAGGUUAUAUUUGUCAAGAGCAACAUUAGUUGUUGUUCCAUCAAACCUAGUUGAUCACUGGAAAACACAAAUCCAGAAACAUGUAAGGCCUGGCCAGCUGCAGCUUUAUGUCUGGACUGAUCAUAGAAAGCCUCUUGUUCACAGUCUGGCUUGGGACUAUGACAUUGUUAUCACUACCUUUAACCGUUUAAGUGCAGAAUGGGGUCCUCGUAAGAGAAGUGUACUGAUGCAAGUGCAUUGGCUUAGGGUUAUCUUAGAUGAAGGGCACACCCUUGGCUCAAGUCUUAAUUUAACCAACAAAUUGCAAAUGGCUAUUUCAUUGACUGCUUCUAAUCGUUGGUUACUGACUGGAACCCCCACUCCUAACACACCCAAUAGUCAACUGUCACAUCUUCAACCAUUACUCAAGUUUCUUCAUGAGGAAGCUUAUGGUCAGAACCAAAAGUCAUGGGAAGCUGGCAUUCUUAAACCAUUUGAAGCUAAGAUGGAAGAGGGUCGGUCACGAUUACUGCAAUUACUCCAUAGAUGCAUGAUUAGUGCAAGAAAGAUAGAUUUAAGAACUAUUCCUCCAUGCAUUAAGAAGGUGACAUUUGUUAAUUUCACUGAUGAACAUGCAAGAAGUUAUAAUGAAUUGGUAGUUACAGUGCGGCGCAAUAUUCUAAUGGCUGACUGGAAUGAUCCUUCUCACGUUGAAAGCUUGUUAAAUCCAAAGCAGUGGAAAUUUCGAAGUACAACAAUUAGAAAUGUUAGGCUGUCUUGUUGUGUGGCUGGGCAUAUAAAAGUAACAGAUGCUGGUGAAGAUAUUCAAGAAACAAUGGAUAUUUUGGUUGAAAAUGGUCUGGAUCAAAUCUCAGAAGAAUAUGAUUUUAUUAAAUAUAACCUCCUUUAUGGUGGUAAUUGUCAGAGAUGCAAUGAAUGGUGCCGUCUACCAGUUGUCACCCCAUGUAGGCAUCUUUUGUGCCUUGAUUGCGUUGCUUUGGACUGCAAAAUGUGUACUUUACCUGGCUGUGGUAACUUGUAUGAGAUGCAGACUCCUGAAACAUUAGCGCGCCCGGAAAAUCCAAAUCCCAAGUGGCCUGUCCCAAAAGAUCUUAUUGAGUUACAACCUUCAUAUAAACAGGAUGACUGGAAUCCUGAUUGGCAAUCAACCUCUAGCAGUAAAGUUGCUUAUCUUGUGGAGAGGCUGAAGGCGUUGCGGGAGGUUAAUAAAGAGAUCCAUUGCUUUAGGAAUGAAGACAGUGAUGCCAAGCUCGUUGACAAGCUACUUUGGCCUUCACGGAGGGGUGAUAUGGAUGUGCCUUUGCUGCAGAAUUGCUCUAUCCUGGACAACAAGUCAUACAAGACACUUCCAGAGAAAGUUUUAAUAUUUUCUCAAUUUCUUGAGCAUAUACACGUUAUUGAGCAGCAGCUGACUUUUGCUGGUAUCAAGUUUGCUGGAAUGUAUACUCCAAUGCAUUCUAGCAAAAAGAUGAAGUCGCUGGCCAUGUUCCAAUAUGAUGAUAGCUGCAUGGCUCUCUUGAUGGAUGGGAGUGCUGCAUUGGGUCUUGAUUUGAGUUUUGUUACUCAUGUAUUUUUAAUGGAGCCAAUCUGGGACAGAAGCAUGGAGGAACAAGUCAUUAGCCGUGCUCAUAGGAUGGGUGCUACUCGUCCAAUCCAUGUUGAAACUUUGGCCAUGCGUGCUACAAUUGAAGAGCAAAUGCUGGAAUUCUUACAGGAUGCCGAUGCAUGUAGGAAAUUUUUGAAAGAAGAGUCUCAGAAACCUGACCGUGAAGGUUCACGUACUUGUCGGACACUACAUGAUUUUGCUGAGAGCAAUUAUUUGGCUCGACUUAGCUUUGUGCGUAGAAACUCAGUGUCAUAAGGAGAUGUUCUUAAAUAUUGCGGGAGAGGAAACAUGUUUGAACUCAUUUUUGUGGCUUCAACUACAUACAGGGCUGUUCUUCAAAAAGGGUAGGGCACCUUUUAAUUGCAUGACUAUCAGCCUCAGUUCAACUGCAGGACAUGAUUUGAUUGUGUUUGCCAUGACGGUUCUACAAGUUUAAUGCCGCUUUUGCCUACUCAGUGCAUCGACAAAAGUUCUUUUGUUGGACAUGAAUCCGUCUUUUGGUGCAAAGAAGCAAAUUUAGUAGCAGAUACAGUAGCAAAAUUCAUUGCAACUGUACUUAGAAACAUUGGAAUGAAUUUUUGUUAGAAUGAAGCAGAGUUUUGCAGCAGACACCUUGGCAAAACAUGCUGAAAUUAAUCAUCCUCAUUUUGUAGGCGUAUUAAUACAUCCCUGAAUAUGCCACUAAUUCCCAGAGUUCAAUUAGGGUGAUUUGUGUAGCUUGUAUAUGCUUUAGGUUGUAGUAGGUCAUUUUUUGGUGUAUAAUUUAACUCUGGGAAAUAGUAACGAAAUAUUAUUUCAUCCAUUGUCGGUCAUUGUGUUCAAGCUUGUUUAACUAGGAAAGCAAAAUACUAUUAUCCCACUGAUGCACAAUAAUUAUUGAUUUGAUUAUAAUAUCUUAUCCAUUGAUUUGAUUAUAUUAUCCUAUCUAUGAAUCGGUUAACUUGUGGAUUGGUUAGAUCUUACUUUUGAAUUUAUUCAUGAAAAUUAAAUUUGACAAUUUAUGUAAUCACAAAAAUCAAGGAUUCCUUAAUAAAUUGUAUAUAUUCUUACCCUGAAUCUUAUAUAUAUUCUGAUGAAAGCUUCGGCUUAUCAUCACAUUGAAAAAGGUUUUUAAUAACUUGGGUCCAUUCAUCCUCUUGGGUCUGU